UUUUCGAUCUCUUUCAUAUUCUGCAAAUUCAACAUCACAAAGCAUUCGUCAUCUUUUCCUCACAUCCCUGCUUCUAUAGCUCCGUUCAUAUCCUGUGGCUCGGCUUCCAUUCCGAUAUUUUCACAUUCCUCCUAACGGCUAACGGGUGUAUAUGCCGCUGGGUUUUGGAUGCUUUGGAAGUUGUUGGCUACAUAGAAUUGAGAAUCUUCUAGUUGGCACCUUCCGUAAGGGACAAGGAAAUGCUAUAUAGAAUUAUAACCAGAAUCACCAAAUCCCCGUGGACGGUGCAUGAUUGUUGUAUAGGGGUUGGAAUUAUAAGUAUUAUUAAAGAGUCUAAACAUAAUAAAAUGGGUAAGUAGCCAAUUGUCAUUUAAACUUGUCAAGUAACUGAAAAAUCCAACCAUCAUUUUCGUACCACACAAAAAAAUAAGCAAAACAAACAAGGUCAGCAUUGGUGGCAGCUACAUGAGUCAACAUAGUAUUUAGUUGGGUGUUCAACGCAGUUUUAGGUGGUGAAACAAGUCCGGUGGCUGUGUUAGAGUUUACAUGGAGAGAAUGAAUAGCGCUGGUUCUUCAAUAAGGAGGCGCUCAUUGAGCAUAUCAAGUCAAAUAAGCCAUCAAACAGAUAAUGAUGGUGAAUGUGAAAGUGUUUCAGAGGCUGGAGAUAUUGGGGAUCGAGCUCUUCCAAGCAGAAGGUUCAGUGAGAGCAGCAGCUUCCACUUGGCUUCUGACAACAAGUCAGAAUGUGGAGCUGUUGUUUCCAUUCCUGAGGAAUAUAGAUUGCACCCUAACUCUUCUAUUAACCCUUUGCCUCUUGGAUUUACAUCCACCACCCCUCUUUCUACUGAUGCAAUAGUGGGUUCUGAAGACACAAAACAAGAACCUCCUAAAGGUUUGCCAAAGUUGCUGGACUAUGCUUCAUGUAUGGUUCAUUUAGCUGUUUUUGGAAUUCUUGGGGUCUUAACAAGAUAUUUACUACAGAAGUUAUUUGGCCCUGGGGUUGCCCAUGUGACUAGCAACCAAACUAUUCUUUACCUUGACCUUCCUUCUAAUAUGAUUGGUUCCUUUCUUAUGGGAUGGUUUGGCGUUGUAUUCAAAGGAGACAUAUCUAAUGUGUCAGAGCAUCUAGCCAUAGCGAUAACAACUGGUUACUUAGGGAGCCUAACAACCUUCAGUGGUUGGAAUCAAAAAAUGCUUGAACUUAGUGUUUCCGGGCAUUGGCUCUUCGCUGCACUUGGCUUUCUAAUAGGUUUAUUUCUCGUUGCCUUUUCCAUCAUAUUUGGGAUUGAAACUGCCAAAGGUUUCAGGUGGCUUCUCAAUAGGCUGAAUAUGAGUUCAGGAAAAGAUGGCUCUAAGACCAACUGCAAAGUAGAUAGCUACCGCCGACAACUGAUAGUUAUGAUGAUGUUUUUGGUGAUGUUGGGCAUAUUAUGGGGUGUCAGUGGUGCACUAGUAAAAGCUGCGUUCAAGCAUGGUGGCAAUGCUGCUCAGUUAUGGUUUGCUUGCAUGGUUGGACCUAUAGGUGUGUGGAUUAGAUGGUUCUUAGCCAGACUCAAUGGACGUGGGUUAGGAAGGGAAGGGUUGUUCAAAUGGAUUCCAUUUGGGACUUUAAUUGCCAAUGUCUCAGCUGCUUGUGUUAUGGCUGCACUGGCGAGUCUAAAGAAUGCAGUGAACACCAAGGAUUGUGAUACUGUUGUAGCAGGAAUACAAUUUGGUUUGAUGGGGUGUCUAAGUACUGUCUCUACUUUUGCUGCUGAGUUUAAUGCAAUGAGAGAAAGCAGUCAUCCUUGGAGAGCAUAUGCAUAUGCUAUUAUUACAGUAUGUGUGUCAUUCUCUUUAGGAAUCUUAAUAUACUGCAUACCUGUUUGGACAAAAGGGUUUGACAUUGACACAUAGCAAACGGACACGGCAAAAUCUUGUUUUGACAUUUAAUGUGGUUGAACCUCAGAGGUUUCAUGACAAUCUCCUAAUUUUGAAGAUAGUGAAUUUUCUUACAGAGGAGUCAACAGUUCAGAGAUUUACUACUCUAAAAGGAGAUUGAUCUGUCAAUGUUGAGAUUGGGUGUAAAGCGAAGUUUGAAGCUGAUAGAUCCUUGAUAAAUAUUUAUGAGCUCACAGGUUUUAUUAAUAUAGAUGUAAUGUCC